CAUCCAAUCUAAUUCCUUUAUCUUCUCACCUGUGCAUGCAUAGACAUAUCUGCAUACAUAUGCAUCUUCUCCCUCCCCAAUCUUGCUUCAAAUCAUACCACUACCAUUUUUAUGAAACAACUCUGCUUCUUUUUUUAUGACAAUCAUAUUAAUCAAUCUCUUUUUCUUUUCUUUUUUGGCCCUUUUUUCAAAGAGAGAGAUGAUCUACUAAAUUCAAAUUUCAAUCUUCCUCACAAAGAAACCUCUUUUCUUUUAUCCAAUAUCUAAUACAGUGACCUAUUCCUCCCCCCUCCUUUUACUUUAUCCCCCUUUUCUUACCUUUAUCUUCCAACUUUUCCUCUCUCUCUCUCUCUCCUCCCAAAUCCCCUACUUUCGGCUAUAGUGAAAUAACACUACAUUAUAAAAAACACAAAAUGUCAUGAUAAUUAAGUCUAAAAUUCCAUUUUGGAUAUCCCAACAUCAGCUUCGAUAGCAAUGGAUGCUCCCAAAUUUAUCUUCUCAUUCCUCCUAUCUACUCUCAUUCUCCACUCCUCAGCCUCAGGGCUUCAUUGGAGUCGCAAACACACAACUCAACACGACUCGCUCAACUUCCCCACCACCACUCCGGCCAUCGUCACGGUGCCGUCGGCCACACCGGUCACCAUAACCCCAACUCCGGCCGCCACUCCGGUGACCAUUCCUCCUCCCACCACCACCACCGGCACCCCGCCCGUGACCAACCCCGUGACCACCCCGGCCGUGGCCCCCCCAGCGACCAGUACCGGCGCGGGGCAGGGGUGGUGCGUCGCGAAAAGCGGGGCGCCGGAGAAGAGCAUUCAGGCGGCGCUGGAUUACGCGUGCGGGAUCGGCGGCGCAGAUUGCUCCACCAUCCAGCAAGGCGCGAGCUGCUACAAUCCCAACACGCUCCAAAACCACGCCUCCUACGCCUUCAACAGCUAUUACCAGCGGAAUCCCGUGCCCACCAGCUGCGACUUCGGCGGCGCCGCCGCCAUCACCACUUCGAAUCCAAGCUCCGGCUCGUGCGUGUUCGCAACGUCGGCGAGCACGACCCCGACUGUGACUCCGCCGUCAACGGCGACGCCAGUGACUGUGACUCCGCCGUCAACGGCGACGCCAGUGACUGUGACUCCACCGUCAAUGGCAACGCCGGUGACUGUUACUCCGCCGUCAACAGCAACGCCGGUGAGCACGAUCCCGACUGUAACUCCACCAUCAGCGGCAACGCCGGUAAGCACGAGCCCGCCAACAACGGCAUCUCCGGUUACCAUAAAUCCGACUACUCCGAAUACAGCAUCAUCAACCGGAGGAUCACCGACACCAUCGGGUUUCGGCAUACCUCCGAGCAUAUUGAAUUCGAGCAACCCUGGUUUCGGCGGCACGACGACGGGAUUUGGGAUCGGAGAUGGGUCUCCGGUGGCCAACAUAAACUCCUCUGUCUCAGUGUCGAGCAUUCUCGAGCCAUUUGUGGGCUGCAUUCUUGCGGUUGCAGCCAUUGUAGUUUUGGAAAUGUAGAAGAAGGGCCAUUGCCAUUGCCAUUGCCAUUGCUCUACUACGACAUACAGUUUUGGGGGUAUGCAGAAACGUAGUCAUGAUUUUGGACUGAUCAAUUGGAUGCUGUCACGUUUAUUUGUUCAUCACCUUCCUUAUUUAUAUAUCAUAUGAAUAUGUGAACAUUGAGAGAUUAGGAGUUUCUAUCAUAGAGCUAAAACCUACUAGUAGAAUGUGUAGAAAUAAUUACUCGUUAUAUUAUAUGGAUGCGUCUUUCACCUCUA